AUGACGCCGACUGCUGGCGAGCAUCCUAGAGACACGGACAUUCUUGUCGUGGAGGCAUGGGGACAAGGAUUGCUGGUGGGCUCCCUCAUUCUCAUGACCGCCAUCACCGCGGCCAACAUGAAGAAAGAGGUACUGCUGCACAAACUUAUCGUAGCAGAGCUCGCCCUGGCCCUUGGACACGGAACGUUCAUCUUUCUCCAUGCGCCUGCCCAGGGCUGGUAUCUUUCGGCCACGGCCGUCGGCCUCACGAUUUCGCACACCCUCCACAACGUAAUCGCAUGGAUGAAGAUUCGCGGAUUUUUCACCUCCUGGGGCACGCGACUGUAUCUGAUCAGCUUGCUGGCGGCCCAGCCGUACUGGGUUAUUGAAAUCUACGCCAACUUUACCUUUUCAAAUCGGGGCCAGGCCUUAUAUACCACCACUCGGCCACUCGAGCCGCUGUUUCGGGACCCGUGGUGGAUCUUCACCACCUGCUUUCUCCUGUACAUCAUCCAGCGUGGGUAUGGGUGUUCGCUGAUGCAGUUGAUCCGCAUCAGCCCACGUUUCGGCGUCAUGCUCUUGUUCAUGGUGAUCUCCAGUAAUCGCCUAGGUUACCCCCCGGGCAUGGAGCCGUUUUCGAAGCUGGCGUUUGUAUUCAAGUGCUUGAGCGACACCAUCAUCUUGGAUGACUUUAGGAGCACCCUGGAUCGACUGCGCUACCACCAUCACCCGGAUGUCCUGCCACUGCAGGAGCCCGACACGCAUGCUCGCGGUCGGAGAACAAAUAAGCUUGUGGACAGUGUACCUGAAGCGUCUGUCAAACGCCCUGAUCCAGUAUGUCGUCCACCUGACAUGGUGUAAAGCCUGGAGUAUCGUGUGUCGGCGCCAACGGGCACGGCACAAGCUGAAUAUGCAUGCUGGAUCUCCUGAGUGCAUAGCCGCUGCGCGUGAGGACGGGGUUUUGUUUUUUACCCUUUUCGGUUGAACAUGUUAGACCCUUCAGUAGGCAGUUGGGAGGUUACCCUUCUGGAACAAUGUAUAUAAUGGUGACCAUGUACAACUAGUUGGGAGGAACAGGAGAAAACAUGG